GUCGAAAGUUUGUGCGACUAUAGCGUAAUCGUUUACAAAAGUUUAAUAAUCUGAAAUCAGUCGCGUAACAAACGCGAUAUAUUCGUGAUGAGACAAUGAAUGGAAAAUGCUCGACGAAUCGGUGUAAAUAUCUUGGAAUUUAGCAAGGAAAAAACGCAUACAUCCGGUAUUUAUUAAUUGGAGUAUGAGAUCAUGCCUCCCAUGGUUUCUUCUGUUGUUUGCAGACACUAUCUUGGUUAACAUCGAAAGGGUGAUGAGCGUCAACAGUUUCAAGCAUGAGCAAAAUAUCGGCACGGUGUUAUUCGAGAAAAGUGAUUCUGUUAAACAUUGCUGGACUACCGAGGAAUUUAUUAUGUUGAACAGUAGACGUAUGUUUCAAGAUUUACUACCGAAGGUAAAGGUUCUAAGUUACGAGAACGACCGGUACAUAGCUCUGCUGAUGGAUUACUUUCACAUUUGUUUGGAGAGCGUUCGCAAGCUGUCGAUAGGAAAAACGAAGCACCUGAUGCUGAAAGCCCUGGCAGACACUAUGGGAGGCUACUUGCAAGUUUACAUCCUGCCUCUUACGAGGCACUCCUAUUACGCCGGGAACAUAAAAUAUCGAAACGCGAGGAAGCUCUUCGAGCUGUACGAAGAGCUGAAGCUCUUUCUGCGCAGCAACGGGGCGGGCUGGUUGAAGCCUUCGCGAAGCAUCGGGCGUGCGAAAAUUCCGCCAAUCGUGAUCACACCACCUAGAGCGUCUGUCGCGUGCAAGGGCAUUAUUACCUACCCCGCGUCUUCAGUCGAUCAUAGUAAACAAGAGCUUGAACGUUUCAAAGUCAAGAAGAGGAAGAGAGCAAUGAAACACAAGUCGUCCAAAAGCGUCGAUCGUGAAGAUGGAUCUUCGAAGAACGAAGAAUCGUACGCCAUUCCCCUUCCAUUUUUAGAUGACGAGGUUGAGCCGAACAGUAUCGCGUUGCCAUUCAAGAGAGAAAGCCUGCAGUCUUUGUACUCCGAAGAAUCAGCCUUCGUGUUGGUGAAAUAUUACGUGGCGAGCGUGAAGUGCAUCGUUUCGAAAUCGAAAACGAAAAAGGAGCUGGAGGCGUUCAAUAAGGACCUCUACAACUGGCUGCAGCAAUCCGUUCGACCACACCUGGAUGACGAGAAAUGGUACCCAGCGUUCGGUGGCGUUUUGAGGGUCAUCUCGACGCUGGAGCAAUCAGGAGCAGGAACCGGUCUCGCGACGUGGAGAAAAAGCGGCGCCUAUCAGAUGAUGCCCAAAAUAGGCGCGCCACCGAUCGACGAACCCGAGGAAGCCGUGCCGCCUCUUUACAAAGAGGAGGACACGGAGGUCACGCUGGGAACGACGGAAUUGAUAUCGAUUGCCGUGGUGAGCGCGUUGCUGGUGUGGCUGCUGGUCGGUCUGAGCCUGGUGUGCUACCGAUUCCUCGUGAAGCACUCGGACGAGUGCGGACCCUGCGAUGCGGUGCAUCCUCCCGUCGCCGUUUUGUAUAAAAAUGGGGAAUACUGCGAGGAGGAUACGUGCACCCCAAAAAGCCCACGCAAAGGGAUGAUGGAGAAGUGGAGGGAUUACUGGCGAAGCAAGUUCGGCAGAUGUCGCGGAGACUGCCAGGAUCGUCUCACGGACGAAGAACGAUGUCUAGCCGCCAUCAGUUACAGUAGCAAGGAUACGGUAGACGUUAGCAACAGCAGCAGAAGUUACCAAAGAAAAAAAUUCACCAAAUCCGUUUCAGCGACUUUCUCAAGUUUCCGCAAGCAGCGUACACCUAUCAAGAACGUUCACUACAGCUCCGAUGGCUCGUUAACGACGAACACCGAAAGUCCUGGCAAACCAAGAUAAUAAACUAUGAAAUCAUAUUUACUCGUCUUAGUGUUUACGUC